AUGCGCAGAAACCGCCCAUCGACGUGGGCCUGCACACCUGCCUGCGUCGCCCUGCUGUCCUUCCUCCUCGCCCCGGCGUCCGGACAACUGGACCUCAACCGGUUGGAUGGCGACACCGUCUGCCCGCCGAUGAGGAGCGGACAAGACGACCUUCCAGGUUUUGACCUGAUCACACAGUUCCAGUUGGACGUGGUCCCGCUGAGAGGUGUGAGGAAGGUGGACGGCUCCACCCCCCUGCAGGUGGCCUACCGCCUCGACAAGGAGGCCAACUUCCAGAUUCCAACCAUGCUGAACUUCCCCCGCGGCUUCCCUGACGAGUACUCCGUCAUGGUGACCUUCCGCAUGAUCAAGAACACCGUCAGCAAGGUGUGGAACGUCUGGCAAAUAGUGGACGAAGGCGGCUACAAGCAGGCCGGACUGCGGCUCAACGGGGACCAGCUGGCCCUGGAGUACUACCUGAUGGGCGCCGACGGCAACCUGCAGACCGCCACCUUCCCCGGCCUCUCCGUGCUCUUCAACACCAAGUGGCACAAGGUGAUGAUCGGCGUGGAGCGCGAGCAGGUCACGCUGUACGUGGACUGUCAGCCGGUGGAUCGGAGGCCCAUCAAGGGCAAAGGCCCCAUCAACACGGAGGGGGACACGCUCAUCGGGAGGCUGGACGCCGACCCCGACGCCUCCGUGGUGUUCGAACUCCAGUGGAUGUUGAUCCACUGCGACCCAAAGAGGGCCCAGAGAGAGAGCUGCAGCGAGCUGCCCGCCACCGAGAUGUUUGCCAAUGCUGAGCCCGACAAAUCACUGCAAGGCCCCCCAGGAGCCCCCGGCCCAGAGGGCCCCCGAGGGCCUCAAGGAGAGAACGGCAGGGACGGAAGAGAUGGUCUCCCGGGUUCUACUGGCAGUCCAGGCAGCGUGGGCAGCAAAGGGGAGCCGGGGGAGAUCGGCCUUCCAGGACAGAGGGGCCUGGCCGGCCUUCAAGGAGCUCUUGGUUCUCCGGGUCCGAUGGGUCCCAGGGGGCCUGUGGGGGAGCGAGGACUUCAUGGAUUCCCAGGACCUGCCGGUCCUCCUGGGCCAGCGAGCGAAGGGCCCCCGGGCCCCCCGGGGAAGGCAGGGACCCCAGGAGACGAAGGAAACAUCGGGCCCGAGGGUCAACCUGGACCCAGAGGGGCGCCGGGCACGUCGGGGCCUCCUGGUCUUCCUGGUCCACCAGGGCCUGUGGGGCCGCCUGGUGCCACCAACGAGGGGAGCGGGGAACCCUGUCCCGCUGCCUGUCCCGCCGGCCGACAGGGACUGGCCGGGCUGCCGGGGAUGAAGGGACACGCUGGUUUGCCUGGAGAGCCUGGAAAGGACGGCGUGCCUGGAGACAAGGGAGAGGCUGGAGAGCGAGGUCUUCAGGGCCCGCCGGGACGCAUGGGAGAUGACGGGCAAAGAGGAGCCGUCGGCUUCCCCGGAGCGCUGGGAGAGAAGGGAGACAGAGGACCUCCCGGGUUCAACGGCGUCCCCGGGCCCACCGGCCCCCCCGGAGCUCCCGGCGUGGAGGGGGUCCGCGGACGUCAAGGUCCGGAGGGGCCCAAGGGCGACGAGGGAGCCGCGGGACCUCAAGGAGAGCGAGGUCCAGCCGGGGAAAAGGGAGACGCUGGCGAGCCGGGCGAGGACGGCGUGAACGGACUCCCUGGAUUGGAUGGAGCAAAGGGAGAGUCUGGUGCUGCUGGAGCUGCUGGUCUCAGGGGGAUUGUGGGUAUUCCUGGGCUGCCGGGGAUGCAGGGACCAGUUGGACCCACUGGUCCAAAGGGGGAAGUUGGUGGUGAAGGACCCGUCGGGCCGGUUGGACUUCCCGGAAAGACUGGUGAGCCAGGAGAAGAUGGAGGAGAUGGAGAAAAGGGAGAAAAAGGAGCAACCGGUGGCACUGGAAAACAAGGACCAGUGGGACCUGCUGGUCCUCCAGGAACCCAUGGUGAAAAGGGGGAUAAAGGUCUUGCUGGUGCCAAUGGACUGAAGGGUCAUACUGGACACAAAGGUGAUCAGGGGCCAAUGGGACCGGUGGGACCGAAGGGAAACCUGGGGGAUCCGGGUGUAGCCGGAGACUCGGGGGUGAAGGGAGAUCAGGGCCCGCCCGGCGCUACUGGACUCAAAGGAGAGCGCGGCGAGAAGGGCCUACGGGGAGCAACAGGAGACGAAGGCAGACCAGGCCAGACGGGCCACGAGGGUUUGCCCGGUCCGAUGGGAGCUCAAGGACUGGAGGGUGAAGCGGGCGUCCCCGGAGCAACGGGCCUCAGGGGUCCGCCUGGCCCCAAAGUGACGGAUGAAGCGCUUCGGGAAAUGUGCUCCGUCGUGGUGGAAGAACAAUUAGCUGAGUUCAUGAAAGAGUUCCUGAAGAGGCCGGCAGCCAUCGGUUCCCCCGGUAUUCCCGGACCGGCAGGACUUCCUGGCGCCACUGGACCAGCCGGAGCCACAGGAGCAGCCGGCCCUCCGGGCCCGAACGGGGCCAAAGGUCACCCAGGGUUUUAUGGGCUUCCGGGAGCACCAGGCAAAAAAGGUGAUGAUGGGCAAAAGGGAGACAAGGGAGACAGGGGGGAGGACGGCGUGGGAAUCAAAGGAAGCCAAGGAGCACCAGGUGCACCAGGGGCAACCGGCGCUCGCGGCGUCGGCAAGGACGGCCAAGACGGACAGCGCGGCGAGCCGGGGAGCCCGGGCGACCCCGGAGCGGCCGGCCCCCGGGGCCCCUCGGGGCCGCCGGGCCUCUGCGACCCGUCGACCUGCAUGAGCAGACUCCCGCCGCUCUACAUGGUGAGCGGGAAGAAGUCCGCCGGCUACAAGAACUAACCAGGGCUCGUCAGCACGCUCCGCAUCGCAUCCCGCUGCUCCUCCGAAAGGCUCCACGUCACAUGACCUCCGUCUGAGAGACGCCAGGCCACAAACGAUUGCAGAAUACCGUGAAGACAUUUGGACUUGUUUGCGAUGUUAGUGGGAGCUCAUCUACUGUUCAGAGAGAGCUGCUACUGACUCCACCCCGACGACGAGGGGCCCCCAACACCCCCCCCCCCCCUCCCACGAAAAUCAAACGCACCCGAGCGACCGCUGAAGCCUUAUCGCCAGAGAACCACACCCCGUGACGCCUGCAGCACAUCAGGGACACGAUGUGCUAAAGAGGAACUCAUCUUUGGGGCCACGAGAAAACCACGAAAAUGUAACGUCUCCAACAAUGUGAAACAUUUGUUUCGUCACACCGGUUUGUUUCUUUUUCAAACGAUUGAAUAAAAUGACGUGUUUUGGAAGUGUCUCACUGUCACUGUGUUACGUUUCUACUAGGCCCGGGACUCGAUUAAAAAUAUUAAUCUAAUUAAUUAGAGGCUUUGUAAUUAAUUAAUCGAAAUUAAUCGCAUUUUAAUUGCAUAAAUAUUUGACCUGAGAACAGUGAGAAGUAAUUUUUUUCACAUGGAUUUUUAUUUUUGUUCAACCACGUGGACUUAGUUACCCUGGUCCUUAAACCAGUCAUCUGGUGCAGUGUGGGUUGGGUGUGGGUCCUUGUACGUCCACGCUAGCUGCUAGUUGUGUUGCGUUGAGGUGAUACUUGAGGCUCGAUGUGAAUUCCUUGUUGCACAGCUUGCACACAACCACGCUCUUAUCGACGCUUCCAUCCGUGUGUUUAUUAUAAUAAAAUUUCCCAUUCACGGGACCAACCGAAACGGUCUCGUCAGCUUCUUCGUUCAUGUUGUCUGAAGUCAUGAACGCUAGUUGGUGCUCCAGUAUAAUCGGUCCUCCGAAACUCAUCCAGUGAGAAACGUUCCGCGGUGCAAAAAAUAAGUGUAAAAAUGUGUAAAAAAUGUUUAAUGUGUUUUUUUUUGUGUAAUUAAUUAA